UAAGUAAGAAUCCAACCGAUCUGCUGUGCCGCGACCGUAGACUGAAGCGCCAUGGCCUACUUAUGUUGUCUGGAGGUAAAAAAACAACAACAACGCUCAAGCAUGCAGAAACGGUUUUCUUAUUCUCUUUUGAGUUCUCCGUUAUUAGUAAUGCAUCCCUGUUUACUCAUCACACGCAUUUCUUAUUCUAUUUGACACUGAAGGCUCCAGAGCCAAUUGAGGCAGACUUGCAGCAAUAAUGGGCCGUCUCUUCGUUUCCUAUUCGUUUUACAUUAUCAAGUGGAUGGAGCAAUGAACAUGAGCUUCCACAUUUAUAUUUACAUUUUUUUUCUCCCCCGCGCUCAUUCAAAGAUGCACCCAGCAAGCCGGAAACAUCGGACAUCUCUGCUUGAGGUGGAAAAAUCUAAUAUCCACUGCUACCAAUAGAAAUGUGAGCUGUGCAGCAAACAUUGUGCAAAAUUCCUUGUAACUGCUUAAAAUGUAAUACUGGAUAUUGUCCAAAACAACAUCAGCUCCCAAAACUGGACCAAAGGGGUCCAGGAGAACCUUUAAGUUGAAGUAUCAUUUAAAAUGUGUCAAAAAAAGGGCAUGUGGAUGUUCAGUACAAGUGCUCUAAAUUUUAUUCUUUGAAGAUUUUUGCAGAAAGAUGUUAAAAUUUAGUUUUGCUCAAAACUUUUUAUGCGAAGUAUCAUGUUUGAAAAUGGGUUAAUAUAGUUGUGGCGACUCGUUCUGUUCCUCAAUUUAAAUAAAUGCAUUUACUGUCUCUUUAAAUAUUCUUGCAGUGGUUCCUUGAACAUGUGUAUGGCCAUUAAAAAAAAAAGAGAGAGAGGGGGAGAAAGCUUGAAGUCAUUCCGACAAACACAAGCAGUGUGUGUGGGGGGGAAGUUCCCAGGCUUUCUGAAUUAUACAGCAGCAGCGUCCUGUAGUUUACACCUGCUGGGGGAGAGGGAAGGAGGAGCUGCUGAGUUCAGACGACGGCUUUUGCUGGAGGAGCAACAACAAGUUCCCAGCAUCUGCAUUUUUUUCCUCUUUUCAGUUUAAUUUUUGCCUCCAGAGUUGGGACUGUUUUUUUUUUGUUUCGAGGAUGCAACUGCACGCCUUGUGUUUGCUGUGGGCUCCUUGUGUUUUUUUUCUGCAAGGCAGGUCAGUCCUGUGUAAGGACAUGAAGUUACCCGGCGGUGCAUCCAGACCCCCCUCGCCAUCUGACUUUCUGGACAAGCUGAUGGGUCGCACAUCUGGCUACGACGCUCGCAUCCGACCCAACUUCAAAGGACCUCCCGUGAACGUCACCUGCAACAUCUUCAUCAACAGCUUCGGCUCCAUCACUGAAACCACCAUGGAUUACCGGCUAAACGUAUUUCUGCGCCAGCAGUGGAAUGACCCUCGACUGGCAUACAGAGAGUACCCGGAUGACUCGCUGGACCUUGACCCGUCCAUGUUGGACUCCAUUUGGAAGCCCGAUUUGUUCUUUGCGAAUGAAAAGGGAGCGAACUUCCAUGAUGUCACCACUGACAAUACACUGCUCCGAAUAUUCCAGAAUGGAAAUGUCCUCUACAGCAUCAGGCUGACAUUAACCCUCUCGUGCCCCAUGGAUCUAAAGAACUUCCCCAUGGACAGCCAGACGUGUAUCAUGCAGCUGGAGAGCUUUGGCUACACCAUGAAUGAUCUCAUCUUUGAAUGGCUGGACGUGGGCGCUGUGCAGGUGGCCGACGACCUGGUGCUCCCUCAGUUUGUGUUAAAAGAGGAGCAAGGCCUCGGCUAUUGUACCAAGCAUUACAACACAGGUAAAUUCACCUGCAUUGAGGUCAAAUUCUACCUGGAGCGCCAGAUGGGCUACUACUUGAUCCAGAUGUACAUCCCGAGUUUGCUCACCGUCAUCCUUUCCUGGGUGUCCUUCUGGAUCAACAUGGAUGCGGCUCCAGCCAGGGUAGGCCUGGGCAUCACCACGGUGCUCACCAUGACGACGCAGAGCUCCGGCUCCAGAGCGUCCCUGCCAAAGGUGUCCUAUGUGAAAGCCAUUGACAUCUGGAUGGCGGUGUGCCUCCUCUUUGUGUUCGCCGCGCUCUUGGAGUACGCAGCCGUUAAUUUUGUUUCCCGGCAGCACAAGGAGUUCUUCAGACUUAGGAAGAAGCUCAGAGAGCAAGAGCGGCAACGGACUCAGGGAAGUGGAGAGAGUAAGACGAAAGGCAACAUGUCAGGCAAUGACGCGGCUCACGGGAGCGCAGGGCAACGGUGCAGUGCCUGCGCUCGGGAGGAGGAGCUAGCACACCAGGGUUUACUCUUCCACACUUUUGGUCUUGGACUUGCCAGUGCUCCAGAAAUGGAUGCAACUCCGGUCUUUGCCGACCUACCUCCUGGCUUGGGCUACUAUGACAUAAGGCGGCGCUUUGUAGACCGAGCCAAGAAGAUUGACACCAUCUCUCGCGCCGUAUUCCCCAUGAGCUUCCUUAUGUUUAAUGUCCUCUACUGGCUCACGUACAAGGUCCUACGGCAUGAAGACGUCCAAUUAAAACUCUGAGCUCACAAGAAGGACACUGGACGGUGUCACUCAAGCAUUAACAGGCCUCAGCUGACCCGUGCAAUGUGUAGUGACUGCAUGUCAGCUGCUGUUAACAUACUCCACCACUAAGGUCCUUUUAAUUAAUUAUUAUGAUUAUUUAUACUUUGAAUCCUCGACUUCAAAAGAAAUACACUUUUUGUUUGCACUCAUGAGCAAACCGCAUACUGUAUAGCACACAUUGGUUAGCACCUCGAGUACAAUCAAGUCAUUUUCUAGGGUUCCUUUUCUUAACUUCACCAGCAUUUGGACUGCUGCAUACUUGUGAUUCCUAAUUCUCAGGCUGUUGCGUCAUUUUUACAUCCCACUGACCGCUUUGCAGUGCAGCAGCACAAUCUAAUGAAUCACAAUUUCUGCUCUUAUCAUACAUUUGAAUCUAAGUUUUCUUUCAAAUUACAAAGAUUUAUUGUAUACAGAACAUUUGUAUUAUUAUCAUAUUAUUUGUAUUUGCAAUAAAAUGCUCUCGGCCAUACACCUCACUACAAUUUGUACAUAGUACAAUUUGUGUAUAUGUGAUAAAUUAAGAGUGAUUUAAUUUCAAUUUUACAGUAAUUUAUUUUUGUUAUUGUAGUUCACACAGCUUAACACUUCACUGCAUCAAACAAAGAGUUGUUUCUAAUAUUUGAAGUAUAAUUAUUGUUAUA